GACAACAUGGACAUCGAUGCAGUGUAUCAGAAAUACGUGGCGUGCAUUCUCGAGGAUGUGCGAGCUAUCCACGGUAAGGAGAUGGUGGCUACAGGCAGCCCGUCCGUGUUCUGCUCGGUGUUGCCCGGCCACUGGCGAUCCAACAAAUCGUUGCCGAUACCGUUCAAGGUGGUCGUGCUGGAUGAGGUUCCCGACGGCGCGGUCGUCGUCGUGCAGGCUGGAAACGACGAAAAUCCGUCGGCCGACAUGCGGAACUACCGAGCCUUGUCCGCCACUGGCAUCGCCGUCUUCAACGACCUCCGAUUCGUCGGUCGCAGUGGAAGAGGUAAGCUGUUAACGCUCACCAUCACAGUUCAAUGCAAGGACCAAGCAGUGUUAGUAGCCAACUACGUUAAGGCCAUCAAAAUCACUGUCGACGGACCAAGGCUCCCUCGAUCGAACCAUAGAGACGUGAUCCACGGUUACGGUGGCAUGUUUCCAAUGCACGGUCCCUUGCCGCCUUACGGCAUGAUCAUGGAGUACAAACGACUGUUGGAGGGCGCAGCGAUGCCGGGGUCGCUCAACUACCAGUACAUAGCGGCCAAUUACUUCCAACUUCACAACGCCAUGGAAGCUUCGCAGAUGUAUUGCGACUUGCCGCCCCAGUCGGCGUUUAACUUCGCCGGCUACAACGGUCUGCCCGGUCUGCCGCCUACGCCACCGCACACCGAGGAAGAUCCGACAACGGCAGGACCGGCGGCGCAGGACGAUUGCGGCGGCGGUAUCAUCGUCCCGUCGAAGCGACACCGACACGCCGCCGAAUCGACUCGCGCGGUGGCCACCACGGCGACCGCGACGGCGACCACGACCUGUCCUCCGGACGAUCGACUCGGGUCGGAGUCGUGUAAGCGGCCUAAGCGCGAGUCCGCCCCCAGCCCGGACAUCGACAUCGUCAGCGUGGGCGUCGUCCGGUCGUCCAGCCCGGACGUGCAGCUCAAACCCCGCCAGGAGAAAAUCUGGAGACCUUACGGCGCCACCGAUGAAUAGCGUCUGUGUAAAUAAUAAUAUCGCCGCAGAUAAUAAUAUUAUAAUAUACAUAUUAAUUAUCGUGUGAUAUUUGUAACGCGAUAAAUGUGUGAAGAAUCGAUUUUCGGUUCUCGUGUUUGUUUUUUACUGAAUUUAUGUUUCUCGGCGAUGUAUAUUAUGAAAUAUUAUUGUACGUGAAUAUGUAUAGACAAUCAAUCGAGCAUUUAGGUUAUAUGAUUCAAUGUUAUUGUGAUAUUAGCGUUUAGGUUUAUAUACUACUACUAUUAUUAUUAUUAUUAUUAUUAUUAUUAUUAUUGUAUUAUUAUUUACGUCUAAAAGUGAUUUUUUAUCAGUACCCGGGGCCUUUUUUUAUUGUAAUCUAUAUAGUAUAUAUACAUACGUCAUAUUAUUGUAGGAGUUGCCAAAGUAAAACCAAAGCAUAUUCUAUAUGUCCCCUUCCGGGUAAAAAAAAUAAAAUAAUAAACCAAUGACAAAAACGUUUUUUAUACGACGUUUUUUGACGUGCGAGUACGUCGUUUAUGAAAUCGUGGUCCGUUUUUGUGAUAUAUAUAUAUGUAUAGUCUGUUAUACUAGCGUGUGAAUUUGUUAAACGUAAAAAUGCAUAUAAAAUAUAUAUUACAUAAUAUAUA